GAAGUACACAUUUUGAUCAUGGCGGCAAAUAAGGAAGCCAUUGCUAUAGUUUUAGAUGUUGGACCCUCCAUGAAUAAUGCUCCACCGGGAGAGGAGACAUUUUUACAGACCGCUAUUGAUGCCAUCACAAGGAUUCUGCAGAGAAAGAUGUUUUCCGAAUCCAAGGAUGAAAUAGCAUUGAUAUUAUUUGGGACACCUGAUACAGAUAAUCCAUUGGCUGACGGAGAAUGUUACGAGAAUAUAACGAUUGCACAGCCCAUGGAUGUAGCCAGCUUUGAACUGUUGGAGACUGUACAGAAUAACAUACAGUCCACGGAUGUCUCGGCUGACUUUGUUGAUGCUUUGAUUGUAGCAUUGGACCAUCUUGUCAGUUCAACACAAGGAAAGAAAGGGUUCUGUAUGAAGAGGUUGAUCCUGAUAUCUGACUUGGGUGGAGAAUUUGGUGAUGAUCAGAUAGAUACUGUUGUAGCUGGAAUCAAGAACUCUGGCACAGAACUUAAUGUAAUUGGACCUUCUAUAGAGGAGGAUGAUGAUGAUGAUGAUGCUCCGGGACCUUCGACAGCAAAUGGUCAUACUAAAGAUAAGACUCCACAACAAAGAGCCGGAGAGGCCAUGCUGAAACACAUUCUACAGGAAGUUGAUGGAGAAUGUUACAGUUUUAGUGAAGCCUUGCCUGCUCUCAGUUAUUUCCAGACCAGACAGAUUAGACAGACAGCCUGGAAAUGUCAGCUAGAAAUCACGUCAAAUUUAAAGAUCCCUGUCUGUUCUUAUGUCAAGAUGAAGAAUUUCACACUAAAACAAAGUUGGAAGAAAGUUUAUGCCAAGGAUGCUGAUGAACAAAUCAGUACACUAAGGACAUUCCACAUGAAUGAUGAAGAAGAGACUGAGGUCGAAAAAGAGGACAUUGUUGAAGGUCACAGAUAUGGAAACACAUUGGUCCCCAUGUCAGCAGAUGACAAAGAAAACAUGAAAUACAGGGCAGAGAAAUGUUUUAAGAUACUUGGUUUUACUAAGGGUGACAAGAUUAAGCGACACCAUUACCUUGGAGAUGGGUCAUCCUAUGUCGUUCCUGAAAAAGAUGAUGAGUCUGCGGCCAUAGCUUUAUCAGCUCUGAUAAAUGCUCUAUACGAAACUAACAUGGUGGCCAUUGUGAGGAAAGUCUACAGUGCGGCCUCUGGACCCAAACUAGGAUGUCUGAUUCCUCAUAUAAAAACAGAGUAUGAAUGUUUAAUCUAUGUAGAACUUCCGUUCAGAGAAGAUAUUCGACAGUUUACAUUUGGAUCUUUACCCAUUACUGAGGACAAUAAAGCUAAUGUUAAAAACGCACCUUCAGCUGACCAGUUGAAGGCAGUAGAUGAUUUAAUUACAGAUAUGGACUUGUCUCAAACAGGGGAUGAUGAGGAUGAUAAAGUUGAAGCAUUGAAACCAAAAUUUGUAUUUAAUCCACAUUUUCAAAGACUGUAUCAGUGUUUACAACAUCGUGCUUUGAAUCCAGAUGAUCAACUACCUGAGUUAUCUCCCUUGAUAGCCAAUUAUCUAAAACCACCACAAGAAAUUAUAACCAAAUGUGAACCUGGGGUAGAAAAAAUACAGAAAUUAUUUAAAUUGGAAGAGGUCAAACGAAAGGAAGACAGAACAGGAGAGAAGUUAUUUAAAGAUGGGGAUGAAGCUGAAGGAGGCCUGGUUAAGAAACAGAAGUUGGACGAUGACCUUGAAGGUGGAAUGGAGGACAUCACAAAAUCAGAGGUCACAGAGGUAGGGACGGUCACACCUGUAGAAGAUUAUCUGGCAUUGGUCAACAGAAAAGAUGUGGAUAAAUUUGAUGAAGCUAGUAAACAGAUGCAGAAGAGAAUACAACAAAUAGUAAUGGAUUCCUUUGGAGCUCAGUUCUACCCUAAAGCCAUUGAUUGCUUGAAGACAUUGAGGGAACAGUGUAUUAAGAAAAUGGAAGCUAAAUCCUUUAAUAUGUACUUGAAACAGUUUAAAGACACAUUAAUACAGAAAGGAAGAAGGGAUUUCUGGGAUGAAAUAGUCACAGAAAAUCUUUCCUUAAUAACCAAACUUGAGAGUGAAGAAAGUGAUGUCAGUGUGGAAGAAGGGAAGAAAUUCACAGAAGAUGAAGAAGAAGACAAACCAAAGACAGAAGAAACACCUGCUGAUGAUGAUGCAGAAGACAUGCUGGAAAACAUGUGAUGAAAUAUGAUAUUGACAGACAAAGAAGGCAGCAAGUCUAACAACAUCAAAAUAAAUGUGAAGAUAAAUGUUGGGAAAUGAUAUAAAACAGUAGUUUGUAAUAUAAUUAUGCAUUGAUCUGGGAUCCAGAGAUAUGGUUCACCCUUUAUACAGAAAUUUAAGAUUUUUUUUAUAUCAGAUUAAGUGCAUAGGAAGAGUAGUUGUUUCUUUUUCAAUUUAUAGAUAUCAAAUUUGUUUUAAAAAAAUCAGUACAGGUUAUUUGAUCUCAUUGAUACAAUAAAUUAAAAGAAAGUGUAGAAAAGAUCAAUAAAAAAUUAGAUCCAAAAGAACAACUAGAGGUCAUGUUUUCUUUUUAUAAGCCUGUUUACGGG